UAGACGCACGAGGGGAGAGGGGCAGGAGAAGCUGGAGCUGGAGUGGCGUGGUGCUGUUUGGUGGUGGUGAUGGUGGUGGUGGUGGUGAUGCUGGUUGGUGCUCAGUGGUCUUUGCAGCUACAGUACAUUAUAGAGGAAGGCCGCCGCCGCGUCCUCCUCGGCAGGCGGCCUGGCCUCGCCACACCCCUCGGACCUGGCGAUGGUGGUGGAGGCCUGUGCGGACGAGGGGGAUGCCGGACAUCCCAGCAGGGAGCUGAUCUGCCACAUCUGCUCCAAGAGAUUCCGUGGGCGUAACAGCAAGUCCAACCUCGAGCGACACAUGCAGAUCCACACAGGAUUGAAGCCUUUCCGCUGCCCGCUGUGCUCCCACCGCGCCAACAGGAAGGGCAACCUUAAGUCCCACAUCGAAGCCAAGCACGGCCCCGAGGCCAUCCCCGCCAACCUUUGAGAGACGCCCCGGCACCGCCUCGGGCCCGGCGCUGGUGAGGAGGCCCCGGCCGAGUCGCCUUGGCCGCUGAACGACGAAGAAUCUAUUCAUUCCAUUGUUGUUCGUGCAAUUAAUUGGCUGCUCCAUUCUAUCUGAUCGCCGCAGCUCAGGCCUCAGUUGUGCUUCAGGCUCGGGACGGUGUCGGUGCGAUGCUCCACGUGGCUCUUGCAAGGAGCCCCGAGUGGGUUUGGGUGCUGGCACGCGCCCGUGGAUAGGGAACCGUCGGCCUCUGUCUUCAGUCUUACGUGCUCCGUUUAUGAGAAAAUUUUUAAACUGAGCAAAAAUUGAAUCCCUUGUCUCUCGUAAAAGCGCGUUUAGCGUCUCUGGAUCAAAAGAGUAAACCCUCAGCGAGGUGAGAGCGUGAGGCGAGGUGGGGCGUGCUAGUGGCAGAGGGACAUGGAGAAUGCGGGGUGCAAUGUUACCGUGAAGGGGGAGGGGGGAAUAGGGUGUUUGUUCAGCAUUCAGCUUCUCAUAUUUGCUCGAGGCAAAGUGGUGGGCGGGGUGUGGAGUUAAAGAUGCUUGGUGUUCGCUCCUCCGCCCUUUUGUUAAGCGUGAAAGCUCCAUGACUUUAUCUUGGAGGAAGCUUUAUAGUGUGAACUCCAUGAUGACGAAUGAGAGCUCCGGAUAGAUGUGACGCGUGGUACGGUUGAGGAGUAAUUAGUGACCUUAUAAAGUGGAGUACGAAGAGGGGAGGUUGUGACGGGCGGGGCCAUGCUGUGACUCGUUUUAGCCGCUAUUUUCUUUGAGUCUCUGGCGUGUAACUAACCAAUGAUGCUAAAGUCUCUUGCUCAAACUGUUCCUGACGCAGCCUGUCUCAUGGGGCAUAGUAGCCAGUCAUGGUGGUGGUGAUGGUGGUGUUGGGGAUUGUGGUGGUGCUUGUGUGGUGGUGGUGGUGGUGGUGGUGGUGGUGGUGUGGUAGUGAUGAUAGUGUGGUGGAAGAGUGAGGUGUGUGUGU